AUGAGACACACCAGACUCGUAGAUCUAGAAAAUUUACCCACUGGCGUCAAUGAUCUUAGAGAAACCUUUAGUAACCUUAAUGAUAUUAUCAGUAAUGAGGUUACCGAGGAAGAAAUAAAAGAAUUUAUUAAUAUCGCGAAAAGUAUUGACGAAGACACCUUAAACGAAGCUGCUUUCAAUGAAAUCAAUGAACUCACUAAAUUAUAUAUAAGAAUUGAGGAAAAAUCUCAACAAAUUUAUGAGAAUUUAGGAAAAAUAGAUGGCUAUGAUCUCGAUGACGAAAAACGUUGGGCACCUGAAUGGGACAAAUUAUGUAGAAGAUAUAAAGAUCUAAUUAUAAACUCGAAAAGAAAUGCCGCAACAUUGUCUACUUUUGCCAAAAAUCUCGUCAUAAAACUUCUUCCAAUUCUAAAGAAUAACAAUGUCUCUGAUGAACAAAAAGAAAAGUUAAUAAACCGAAUCAAAGAAUCUAUUAAUAAUAAUAUAGAGAAGGCAAAAAAAAACUACCUCGAUUUUAAUCAAUACACACGGGAUGUUAUAGCUUUCAAAUCAACUUAUGAUAGUUGGGCUCAAACCAAAAUUGAUAAAAAAAUAGAGAACUUAGAAGCUGAAAUCAAUAAGUUGAAAGAAGAAAUUUCAUACUAUGAUGAUAAUAUUCAUAAAAUUGCGUUUAAUAAUAGCAUUUUUUUCUUUGGCAUUGCUACUGUUGCUAUUGCACUUCUCGCACCAUCUGUUACUCUCGGGGCUAUCGUUGGAACAGUUGCUGUCUAUGGCUGUUCUUACGCAGCUCUCAAGAUGAAAAUAUCUGGUAUGAAAAGUAAGCUCGGUGAAAAACAAAAAGAGCUUGUUAUGGCACAAGAAGUAUCUGAAUUGUCAAAACAAAUCAUCGAACCAUUAAAUGAAUUUUCUCGUAUUACAAAAAUUGUUUAUAUGAUCUGGGAAGCUGUCAUUCGCUGCUUGGAUUAUUUUUUGAAUAAUUCAGAUUAUGACUUGUUUUUUAAGAAUCUUCCGGGAGAGUUUGAAUCUCUUGUAAAAUAUUGGAUUGUACUUGCCAAAUGUUUGGAUAGAUAUGUUGCAGAGUUAACUAAGGUUAAUUUAGAAUAA